AGGUCACUUUACAGGACAGAUUAUGCGAACAUUUUGGAUUGGGAGUAGAUGAUGUUUCAGAUUUUGAGGAUGCAUCCUCGGUAGUUGACGGUGGGGCAAGACAGACACUAGUGAAUCACACGUCUUUCACGUUACAUGAAAUCGAGGAAUCGUUGAGUAAUUUCAGUGGAGUAAGUCAGCCGACUGUGAAAGACUGGGUUACAGAAUUUGAGGAAAAUGCACUCGCAGUUAAAUAGUCGGACAUUCAGAAGUUUUUAUAUGCCAAGCAACUUUUAAAAGGAGCGGCAAAAGUUUUUGUAAGAAGCCAGAGGGGAAAAGAUUCGGUCAAGUCGACAGCAGGCAGACCCCAAUCGACGUGGGGAAGAGGUAAAAAACGAAGUCAUCGAGGAGAGGAAGACAACGGAAAAGAGACGUUGUUUUAGGUGUGGCACUGUAGGGCAUUUAGCGAGUAACUGUCCUCAGCAAACUAUCAAGUGUUUUAAGUGCGGUCAGAGUGGACACAUCGCAUCAAAGUGUGGAAAGUCGUUAGGCGCGAAAGUCGAAAGAGCAAAUGCGUUAUCAAAUGAACAGUUAGGAGUGUCUAAUAAAUGCGAUAUUUUCAAGGAAAUGGUACUGAACAAUAUAAAAUUGUCUGCCUAAUUCGAUACUGGGUGUGAUCUCUGUUUACUGCGUUAUGAUGUUUUAAUAAGUUUAGGAGGGGUCGAACUGGAUAGUGACAAAAGGCGAUUGGUGGGAAUAGGCAAAAGUGAACUUACAACAAUAGGCUCAUUUUCAUGCCAGAUUUAUGUCGACGGGAUAGACAUACCGGUAGUUUUCCAUGUGGUAGGGGAACGAGAUAUUUGCUAUUCGACAAUCAUAGGUAAUAAUAUCCCAAAGUGUGUCGAUCUAGAAGUGUCAGAAAACGGUGUAAAGUUUUUAAAGAAAAAGGGUAAUAAAUCCGAAGCUAGGAGUAAUAACAUAGAUAAAGAGAAAGAAAGAACUGAGGAAGGAGAUUUAAUACGCGAAUGGAUCCACGAACGCAGAGAGAUUGGGUUGGUAGCUGCUGAACAAAGCAAUAUGGAAGAGUUAGAUUUACAUCAUCUAAGAAAGGAUCAUGCGGAUGAAAUAGCGAGUUUACUUGGAGAAUAGUGCCCAAAACCACAGUAUAAAUCACCAAUUGAGAUGAAGAUUACGUUAACGGAUGACAUACCAACUUAUCAGGGUCCAUGUAGGAUGCAUUACGUGGACAAGUGUAUCGUAGAACAGCAAAUAGGAAAGUGGUUGAAUGAGGGGAUUAUACAAUCUAGUACUUCCAAUUAUGCGUCACCCGUAGUAUUUGUUCAGAAAAAGGAUGGGAGCAAGAGGCUCUGUUGCGACUAUCGACGCCUUAACUUAAAAAUAAUGAGGGAUAACUUCCCAAUGCCUAUCAUUGAUGACGUACUCGAGCGAUUGCAAAGUGCCAGGGUAUUUACUACGUUAGAUUUGGAAAACGGCUUCUCCCAUGUACCAGUUGAGAGGAAUUCGAGAAAGUUUACAUCUUUUGUUACCCAUAGUGGUCAAUACGAGUUUCGUUUUGUCCCAUUUGGGAUAACAAACUCUCCAGCGAUUUUUUCGAGAUUUAUUUUUGCAGUUUUCAGGGAGUACAUACAAGAUGGGACAUGCGUGGCUUACAUGGACGACCUGAUCAUUCCCUCUAAGGAUAAAAAGGAAGGAAUCAAUAAGUUACGACGUGUUCUAGGGCGAGCAGCAGAAUGGAAAAGGUGUCAGUUUCUCAUGGAAACCGUGGAAUUUUUGGGAUACGUAGUAGAGAGGGGUACGAAUAGGCCAUCAGAACAUAGGUCGGACAGCAAAAUGCGUCAUGUAGAUGCGCUCAGCAGGGUGUCUUGUCUGUUGCUUGAAGAUACGUUGCAUGAUCGACUUCAGCAAGCACAGGAAGUGGACGACUGGGUCCGAGCAGUUGUUAAGGUAUUGGGACAUGCGGAGUAUGAAGAUUUUUACGUGAAGCAGGGUGUGCUCUAUAAAGAUCCCAUCAAGGAACUUAUAGUAGUACCAUCUUUGAUGGAAAACAAAGUCAUUAGAAUAGCUCAUAAACAAGGACAUUUCUCAGUCAAAAGAACAAUAGAUUCAGUUCUAGACGAGAUAACUAUUGAUGAUUUAGAUAAGGAAAGAGAGUCACAGCGAAAGGAAGCACAGGAAAAUAUUGCGAAAAUUCAGGGAGAAAAUAAGAGAUCUUUUAACAAAAACAGGAAAGAAAGCGUACAGUAUAAAAUUGAUGAGGUAAUUGCGAUUAAGCGUACCCAAUAUGGUACCGCUUUAAAAUUGAGACCCAAGUUUUUCGGUCCGUACAAGAUAAAACAGAUUUUAGGACACGACAGAUACGAAGUAGAAAAGGUAGCGUAUCACGAGGGCCCCGGGCACACGACGACUGUAGCUGAAAAUAUGAAAAGAUGGCAACCUCCAUUUGAGGGCGAAUGCAGAGUCAGGAGGGCCGAAUGUGGGAUGGCAUCCCUGGCAGAAAGGGAAAAUAGGAAAAGGGAUAACACAGAAAUUAUGGAGCGUGGGUUGCUCCGAUUGCGAUGAGCAAAAAGAAAGGGAGUCAGAAGUCGGUCGCCAAACUGAACAGACGCGCGCAGCAAACUAAGAAGAAGUAUUUUAACUAAAACCGGAAGGAAUAAGUGAAGAUUAUAUUGUAACUAUAAGUGGAAAGAAUAACGUCAUUAUUUAAAGAAGAAGUAUUUUAACUAAAACCGAAAGGAUUAAGUGAAGAUUAUAUUGUAACAAAAAGUGGAAAGAAUAACGUUUUGUAAUUAAGAUUAUUGCAACUAAAAGCGAAUUGUAUCUGUUAAAUAAAA